AUGUCUUCCGAGCGCAACGGCUCGAAUGCAUCCUCUUCACACAAGCAGCUUUUUCGCAAUUACUUGGAGUCAGGACGUCACCCUUUCAGGCCCAUGCUGGCUGGAAAUGCAUCCUCUUCACACAAGCAGCUUUUUCGAAAUCACUUGGAGUCAGGACGUCCCCCUUUCAGGCCCAUGCUAGCUGGAAAUGCCGCCAGCGCAUACAUGGGCUAUGCAUUGGAUUGGCGGGACCUCCCAGACCUUUCCUCAGCGGCGGCGACCACGACGGCUCCAACCUACCCCUUAUUUCAAGCCAGUAGUCAGAUGGCAUAUUACCCUGGCCAACACCAGUAUAAUACAUAUCCUGGGAUUCAUUGGUGGCUCGAUCACGUAUGGCCAAAUGAGCCUCCACAAGACUACUCUCCACCCGUAGACCUUGACCAUACCCCACCCAGCAACACAGUACCGACAACUCACAUUCAAGGAGAAGCUGUGAUCCCGCCUUCGACGCUUCGGCCUCAUCUUCGCGGUGGUGCCGACGAAUCUCCUAACUACGCCAAAGCAAUCCGCUACAACCACGUCCGGCAUCCACCUAACCCACCUAACCCACCUGACGACAAAGCUGCGCCUACAAACGAAUGGACUGUUGUGCAUCACACUGUGCAGCCCCCUUCGAGUCUUCCGAGCGUCGUGCAACCUUUGACGGGCCAAAACGUGCCUGAGGAAAACGCACCCACAAUGAAGCCCCUCGGCAGAGAGCUCGGCGUCGAACCUGACUCUGAGUCGUUCGAGCACGAUCCGGCUGCGUUCCCUGAUCGGGGCAAGAAGUCCAGGGAGUGGAAGUAUAAGAGUAGGAUGAGGAGGCAGCAGGAGAUGCAGCAGCAGCAGCAGCAGCAGAGGGGAAUGAUAAAGAAGAUGCCUAAGAAAUUCCGGAGGAAGCUCCGGAGGAAGUCGGUCUCAAUCCCAUUUGGCAUAUCCGGCGCAGACAAGCUUAUUGAGGAGCUGUGGCUUGAUGAGGCAUCGCAAGAAGCAGCGGGCGAUGAAUCAGGAGAGACGGCAGGUGUGGUGGAAAAUGGUCAAGCGUUGGCUUCUGGUAGUCAUGAUGCUGGUGAUGGCGCAAGGCAAAGUCCCCUUUGGAAGGUCGGUGUGCAGAUCUGGAUGCCGAUGGCUAGGGUAUACUGCGUGUUGACUGAGCUCUUUGGCCAACUAGUCACUGCACUGCUUAGCAUUGCAAUGCCGUAG